AUGCCCCGCGCGUUCCUGGUGAAGAAGCCGUGCGUCUCCACGUGCAAGAGGAACUGGAGCGAGCUCCCGGACGAGGAGCGCGGCGAGAUCUACGUGCCAGUCAGCCUGGGCUUCUGCCCACCACAGCCCUACCGGGAGCCGGAGCCGUCGGUGGCCGAACCCCCAUCUUGCCCUCUGGCUUUGGACAUGAGUCUCCGAGACCCCAGCUACAGUGUGGCCCCUGCACCCUGCGUGGUGGCCCAGCUGCCCUCUGAAGACAUGGGCCACCUAGCUGACGCCCAGGGCAGAGACGAUGGCUUCCUGCGUACCAAGAUGAAGGUGACCCUGGGGGAUGGUCCCAGUGGAGACCUCUUCACCUGCCACAUCUGCCAGAAGGCCUUCACCUACCAGCGUAUGCUGAAUCGUCACAUGAAGUGCCACAAUGACGUCAAGAGACACCUGUGCACAUACUGCGGGAAAGGCUUCAAUGACACCUUUGACCUCAAGAGACAUGUCCGCACCCACACUGGCGUGCGCCCCUACAAGUGCAGCUUGUGUGAUAAGGCCUUCACGCAACGCUGCUCUCUGGAGUCUCACCUGAAGAAGAUCCACGGCGUGCAGCAGAAGUACGCCUACAAGGAGCGCCGGGCCAAGCUGUACGUGUGUGAGGAGUGUGGCUGCACGUCUGAGAGCCAGGAGGGCCACGUCCUGCACCUGAAGGAGCACCACCCCGACAGCCCGCUGCUGCGCAAGACCUCCAAGAAGGUGGCUGUGGCCCUGCAGAACACUGUCACCUCCCUGCUGCAGAGCGACCGCCACCUGUGAGAGGCCCCACAGGCCCAAGGGUCCUGGCUCACCUGCCUGCUGCCGGCUGUCCGCCCUCCCGCGGUCUCCUGCUGGGACAUCAGCGUCAGGACCGGAUCCCCGUGCCUCGGCCUGUCCCUGGGCACGUGUGCUCACUC